AUGGUGGUAAAGAAGAAAACCCCGAAAGUGGAAGCUCUGACCUUGGACAGCGCCGAGUUGGAGCGUUUGAGAAUCUCCCUAUCCGUUGCAGGAGAUGACAGGUCUACACAGUUGGCUCAAACUCUGAAGGACUGUUUGGGAUCCAGUGAUCCAGUUCAUCAGGUCCAGCUCAUCUCUAAGGCGGGGUCCAUGUUUGAGAAGUUGAAAGAAGAGGAGACUCCUUCCGGUCCUUUACUGCUUGCUUGUUUAGACACACUGGCGGUCAUAUAUGUACCCCUGCAAGCUAAGAACCCACUGAAGAGGGCCAUAGCGAGUGCCCUGGGAAAUGUCCCUGAUUGGCUGCAGGAGCAGACCGUGAGCUGUCUGUCUGCACAUCUGUCUGUGACUCUUUCUACUCUGGACUCAGAACAGUACUCCCACGUAACAGAAUGCAUCACGUCCUGUCUGGAUGGCUUCCCCACUGGGGAGAAGUGUGUCCAUAGUUUGCUUACAGAAGUGCUCCAGUUUUUCCAGAGGGCCUUGAGUGAAUACAUCCAGAUGAACAGAGGUCUCGCUGGCUGUCAUGUGGCCCAGGCCCAGCUGAUGCAGUUCAGUCUGACUGUGGUCAAAACCUCGAUGCUGAUGGUGCAGAGAUCUCAGGAACCCAUCAGCAGUGCUUUACGAGCACCUUCCCAUCGCACCAGCCUGCAGCAAGCACUGAGUGGAUUACUGGACUGCUACAUUCACAUACUCACUGAUGAGGAAUUUAUUCAGUCGGUCCAGAGCACAGCUGGGAUGGCUGUGGUACUGCUGAUGAGAACUGUAAUGGGGAACGGAGAUGAUGUAGCUAUCAUGGUGGCAAAUCUUCUGCUGUGUUCAGAAGAGGAGGGUUGCAGCGCCCCCCAGUGGUUAAGAGAGAAUUGUGCAGGGCUGUUCCAGAGUAGCAGACCCUCAGCGGUGGCUCUGUACCUCUGUCACGGUGCUUUGGCAAUGCUCAGCUGGAAAGGCAGGACUCUGAGCCAACAGGGGGAGAAACUGCUGCUUCUCGUACCUAACGUACUGCUGUCCCUGGACACAAGUGUGAAGGAAUCCAGCACAGCGAUGGUCGUGGCCCGGGUUCUGACUUUAUGGAGCGGUGCCGCCGUGGACUGUCUCUGGACUGACCCGCGUCCUCCUCUGCUACGAGACUCUCUUGUCGGGGGUUCCCCUCUCCACUCGCGUCUUCUCGAUCACAUAUACGCCCACUGGGAGCAUCCGCUGGAUGGAGUACGCCACCAGACUCGCACCCUUUUCCGGAACCUUCUCCAUCUCCACCAGCUAUGCGGCGAAGACGAGGCUGAUCCGACCAAAGAUCCAUACAUCAGUAAACUUACCCAGAGCUUGCUGGGAUUGGAGUGGCAUAUGAAAGGAAAGUACGGCUCUUUGGCGUGUCUUGUGGAACAUUUAGGGGCGGAGUACCUUCUGAAACUCGAGGCCAGUUUACCAUCUCGUCUGCUGGGUCUAAUGGGGGAUCAAACCCUGGCGCCCUAUGCCAGCGAGCUCUUGGAGAAGCUGUUUGUCAAUCACAAGGCGCAGCUCUGUGGUUGUCACGGCGACGGGAACGGCUGGACGGACGCCUGGCACCGGACGUGGGUCACCCCGUUGCUGCAGGUGAUGUGCAGAGCUAGGCCGGACCAGACCACUUACAUCCUGGAUUAUUUUCUGCCCAAACUGCUUCGCUGUAACCCCUCCAGUUUGAGCCACAUGGUACAGGCCUUACAGGAGAUGCCGGCUGGCACUGAAGGCCCUCCCGGUGGCAGAGGUGCUGUGGGAGCCCUGAUGACUUGUCUCCGUGCAGCGCGAGCUCAGGGGGUCCUACAGUCUGCACAGGGGGAGAUUUGGGGAGGUCUGGUACCGCUCCCUCUUCUACGACAGGCGCUGGUACACAAGCAUGAUCAGGUGCGCAUGGAUGCACUCGGCCUGGUAUGUGAGAGCCAUCGCAGCACGGAGACCCUGUCUACCCAGGAAAUGGACCUGAUUCGCCACUUCCUGCCUAGCAACAUGAACAGCCAAUCGCCAGGCGUCAGACAGCAGACAGUUAGCCUGCUGAAAAAGCUCCUGUGUCGGAUGAAGGACAGUGCUCAGUUCCUGCAGAAGAGACUGGGUCAGGAGAGAGACCAGCAGCAAAGAGAGACAGACCAAUAUGCACUCAGCACCUACAAGGAGUUCCUGUGCUGGUUUAGUGACACCCUGUUCCACGUGCUUCAUCCCGGAGCUUCUUAUUCCACUUGCCUUACGGCUCUGCAUCUACUGGGACUGGUGGCAGAACUGUUCACUUUUCAAACGGGGCCAGACGGCUUUGCUUUGGGGGAGUCGGUGACUUACGCCCAUGCUCAGGCGGUGCUUUAUUGUCUCGCCAGCAACUUCUUAGAGGUCAAGCAGCUGGCCUCUGCGUUGCUUCAAAAACUACCCCCCCCGGCCGUAGGGAUGCAGGAGCCGGAGCGUCUGCUGUCGCUCCUUCGGGCCGCCCUGGACCUCAGCACCAGCACUAAACCCUUCGACAGUGUCACCGCAGCCCACCUACUCAACCUGCUCCUCCACCAGGGGGCGCUCCAACAGGCCCUGCUCAGCUGUGCUCAGGAGCAGGGCGUGUCCUCCCAGCAGCUCCAAACCUCCGAGGCGGCCUCCGUCCUGGAGAAGAACACCCUGGCAGUGGUCCAGUUCCUGAUGACGUGUUUGAAAAGUGAGGUUAAGAGGGCGGAGUCUUCCCUCCUACAGGCCGCAGCCUCCUACCCGCUGUACGGCCGCGCCCACUGCAUUACAGCUGCUCUCCAGCAGCUCAACACGAGGUCUUUGGUGCUGAUAUCUGAGUGGAGGAGUCUGGUGUCGGAUCUCAUAGCUGUAUGCUAUAGAAUGUCUGAUGUAGUUUCUCCUGUCGUUCAGAGCUCAUCCCCCGAGGGUCUCAUCCCCAUGGAUACCGACUCGGAAACAUCCGCGGGUCUGCAAAGAAUCUUACAGGAGAUCCAGCCUCGAGAUACAAACCACUUCUUCAACACUGCCCGACAACUGGAUCAACACACAGCAGCGCAGAAUGGACCCGAGUGUUUGACAAACAAAGCACCAGUGGACAGCAUGGGUGGGGAAGGUUAUAGAGUCACAGCUCAGAUGGUGCUGGUGUGCUGUUGGAGGAGCAUGAAGGAGGUGUCCAUGCUCCUGGGGGAGUUGUGCCAGAGCAUGCCCCUCCACACACCUAACACACACUCCCACACUGGACUCAUCACUGAGGAGCAGGUGGAAGGAGUGGGGCAGUACUUCAGAGAGCAGCUCCUGCAGUCUCGUCACAGAGGGGCAUUCGAGUUGGCCUAUGUGGGCUUCGUGCGACUUACCGAGAUGCUUUGCAGGAGCGGCAGUGGCACCCUGCAGCAGCUGCCAGCCCGUUGGCUUAAGGAGGUCCUGGAGGAAGUAAAGACCAGUGACCCCUCUUCCAAACUGUGUGCCACACGCCGUAGCGCUGGAAUCCCAUUCUAUAUCCAGGCCCUGUUGUCCUCUGAACCCAAAUCCUCCAGCUGUAGCCUGCUGAAAAUGACUAUGAGAGAGCUGACUGCGCUGGCCAUGCCGGGACAGGACGGAGCGUCAGAGAGCAGCACAGUCCCACAGGUCCACGCCUUGAACAUCCUGAGAGCUUUGUACAGGGACACACGCCUGGGAGAACAAAUCGUGCCUUUCGUCUCUGAGGGAAUGCAAGCUGCAGUCCUGGGCUUCACCUCACCUAUAUGGGCCGUAAGAAAUUCCUCCACCCUCCUCUUCAGCACACUCAUCACAAGGAUAUUCGGCGUGAAGAGAGGAAAGGAUGAACAUUCUAAGAAGAACAGGAUGACGGGCAGGGAGUUUUUCACUCGUUUCCCGGCUCUCUACCCGUUCCUUCUGAGCCAGCUAGAGGAAGCCGCGAGCUCCGUUGACAGUGAUUCCGGGCAGGUGAAGUUGCAUCCCAGUCUCUUUCUGCUCCUGUUGGUUUUGGGUCGUCUCUACCCUUCCCCAAUGGAUGGCUCUUCCUCCCCUUUGGGUCUUGCCCCGUUCAUGCCCUUUAUCAUCAGGUGUGGUCGUUCCGCCGUGUACCGCACCCGAGAGAUGGCCGCCAGAGCUCUGGUUCCAUUUGUGCUGGUGACCCAGGUUCCUUCUACCGUCCAGGCCUUACUGGAGUCCCUGCCCGUGGAGCCCGGGCCUGGAAGCCAACAGAACCACAUUCACGGAACUCUGCUUCAGGUGCUGUUCCUGUUGCGUUCCUACCUGACAGAAACCCACAGAUCCCAGUCAGAUGCAAGAGGGCGGAACUGUGACGUUCCCAGUGCUCUCUGGCCUCGAAUGUGGCUCGCCACCAGACGGAACCCGUGUCUGGUAACCCGCGGCACGUUUCUGGACCUUUUGGGCCUUUUUUGCAGAUCUCUUCCUUGUCCAAUGGGAGACUGUGAACUGAAGAAGCUACGUGAAGAAACCUUGACCAUCCUGCUGGAAUCAGAGCUCUUGGCCCCCAGGGGCCCCAGCGAAGUCUCUCUUUCGGGCCCCGGCUCCACCCAGUACCUCCAGAGCCUGGCGCGGCUAGCGACCAGCGUCUGUUUGGAAUCGCCAGACCUGUGGGGGAAACGGGAGUCUCUUGGACUCUUGAAGGAUCUCCUUAGGUGUCUCCUGCAUUGCCGGCAUUAUGAGGUGCGGCAGCUGGCCCUAGAAGAGCUUCUGAGGAGACUGGAGACAGAGCGGGAUCUGUCUAAAGGGCCCAGCCUUCAACCUUUGCCUUUCGACCUCUGUAUCCCGACCCUAACCAGCCUCGCCUUGCACGAAACUCACCCUCAGUGCCUCACCAAGGUCCUCCAGGUUCUCUCUGUCCUGCCUCUAGUUUCCAUCUUGCCCUGGCAGGACAGGGAGGUGUCUCUGAGCAACGAGGAGGCGCUGGAUAGAGUCAUCACGCUGGCCGAGACCUCCACACACAGUGUGGAGCUGCAUUGCGCUGCCCUCUCUCUGGCCUCUCGACUGGUGGUGCACCUGGCAGAGAUGACGCCCCAGGAGUUGGGCGUGGCUGCAGUGUCUCAUAUGAGUCGCUGGGGGGCGCUAGUGAUGCAGUGCUGCGGCGAAGAGCAGCCCGGAGAAUUCAAACUCGUGGCUGCUGAGGUCCUGGUCAAUGCAAUGCCCACACUAUUAACCAAUCCUGCGCUGCCUCUAGGUGUGUCCGACACACUAGCCCUGUGGCGGAGUCUGUUUACAUUACUACAGGAUGAGGACCAGGAUGUGAGAGACCGAGCGGCUGACUUCAUCGGUCAAGUCCCAACACACCUACUGACCACAGAUGUUGCGAAGGGUGCUGUGUCCCCCCCCGUCGCCCUGGAUCUGGGGGUGGGAAUUCUUUGCCAGCUGUUCCAGGUGUGGGGCCAGGUAGCCGCUGGCACCGUGACUCUGACAGAGUGGUUGCUGGGAGAGGAGCGGGCGGAGACGUGCUCGGAACAGACCGUUGAUCUGGACGAAGAGUUCCUCUUUGAGAAGGGGGAUUUGAAUCUGUGGGCGGAGCCUCUGCAAUGGGCGCGGCUGCUCCACAGGCACCUCUGCGCCCUCUCGCCCGUGUCCCGCGACCCUCCCGUCAGCGUGGCAGAGAUAGACCGGCUGUCAGCCGCGCGAGACGCCAACGCGCGCUCUGCCCGACGGGGAGAAAGCGAUCUCCCUCCGCUGCCUCAGUUCUCCGCCACCAUCGAGCAUGCAAAACUCAAACUGAUAGGUGAUAGGGCAGCUCUCACCCAGACUGUGCUGGACAAGCUAAAAUCAGCCGUGCCAUCUCGCUGAGGCCCGGAUACCGUCAGUAUCAAGAACUCUCUUGAUGAUGUCUGCUGGACUUUCAUCUCCUCCUGGCACAAGGCGAAGACAGAGUCUGAUC